AUGCCAAGGGAAAAACACUUGGCGGCGCGCGGCCCCGUCGGCGGCUGCGUGACAAACAUAUUCCUGGUGAACUUAUCGGUAGCGGAUCUGCUCGUGACGCUGUUUUGCAUGCCGGUGCAGAUCGCCAAGUCCGUCACAUUGCUCUGGUACUUCGGCGAAGUCAUGUGCAAGGCUGUUAACUUCUUACAAGGUGUAGCGGUUGCUUCAAGCGUGUUCACCAUCACAGCAAUGUCGGUGGACAGGUACCUUGCCAUCACACAGUCACUUCGCCAACCCUGGCUUCCUUCAAGGCGAGGAGCCUGCGGUCUUCUAGCGGGGCUAUGGCUGAUCGCCUUUGCGAUAUUUGCACCAUUGUUAGCAGUGGCGACAGUGGAGAGAGAGUAUGUACCUUCAUUCUCCAGGAUCAGGAAUAUAACGGUCUCGGUGGAGCCCAGCAUGGAGUUCUGCACAGAAAAAUGGCCAAACUUGAUUAAAAAAGAGUUGUUUGGCGCCUUCAGUUUUGUCCUUGUUUACGCUAUACCUGGGUGUAUAGUAGUGGUAUCGUAUGCUCUCAUGGGACGAAGAUUGUGCUCUGUGCUGCCACCGUUUGACCAAACGGAAGGGAGUGGAAACAGUCAACAGCGGCUUAGAAUUGUCCGUGAAAGGAAGAGAGUGGCGUGGAUACUACUACUGCUGGCUGUGCUGUUCGCGCUUUGCUGGCUGCCCUACAACAUCCUGCAGUUGCUCAUCGACGUCAACGCCGUGCACGUCGAGUCUGUGUCUAUCAUACUGCCGUACACUUUGCUACUAGGUCACACAAACUCAGCUAUAAACCCGAUCGUGUACUGCCUGAUGACGCGUAACUUUCGCCGCUCACUGCGUAAGCUGAUCUGUCACGAUCCUGGCAACAUGCACUCCAAUACUCACUUCCACAUGCAAGGGUUACGAAAAAAAUCAAACAUGUCUAGCAUGCGAACCGGGACUACUGUCACUUUCAGGAGUAGCAAUCACAACUUUGGGAGGACUAGAUCUACCAGUGUACAGUACAGGCGACCGGAGAGGAACUCCUCUUUAAGGGAAAAUGGGUGGAAAGAUCACCGCUGUCAGAAGUCACCCAAAUUUUUGUAA